AUGAUUUCCGGAAAGGACAUUUACCAGGUUGUUUCGGCAUUGGUUCCUCUCUAUGUUGCAAUGAUAUUAGCCUAUGGUUCAGUGAGAUGGUGGAAAGUUUUUACACCAGAUCAGUGCGCGGGCAUCAAUCGUUUUGUUGCAGUUUUUGCAACUCCUUUUCUCGUUUUUGAUUUUAUAUGUUCUAACAACCCUUAUAAAAUGAACUUACGCUUCAUCGCUGCUGAUUCUCUCCAAAAAGUGGCGGUUCUGGUGGUUCUCUUCAUUUGGCAAGCCACCACCAGACGUGGUGAGCUUGACUGGACAAUCACUCUUUUUUCUCUAUCUACUCUUCCCAACACUCUUGUCAUGGGCGUCCCUCUUUUGAAAUCCAUGUAUGGAGAAUUCUCAUCGCCUCUUAUGAUUCAAGUUUGUUUCAUGCAGAGCGUACUUUGGUACACUCUGCUGCUGUCCAUGUUUGAAUACAGAGGUGCAAAGAGACUCGUUGCCGGGCAGUUUCCUGAAACAGCUGCCUCUAUUUCCUCUUUCAAGGUUGAUUCGGCUGUUGUUUCUCUCGGUGGUCACGAACCACUAGAGACGGAUGCUGAGAUUGAUGAUGAUGGCAAGCUCCGAGUGGUGGUAAGAAGAUCAAGUGCAACUUCCUCAAAUUUCUCAUCGCGCGACAGGUUCGACGGAUGGAACCCGGACCUAAGUGUUCAUCUUCCACCAAGGGCUUCAAACUUCUCCAGCGUAGAGGUUUUCUCCGUACAAUCCUCACCAAGGGCUUCAAGUUACAGGCAGACAGAUCUUUCUAACUUAACUAAUAGUUUUGGAGACAUUUACUCAUUACAAUCUUCAAGGAAUUCUGUUCCAAGGAUUUCUUCAAAUCUUGAGGAGGAAAUGGGAAGGAAAAAUGGAGUUGCUUUUCCAGGUUCUCCAAGCUGUGUAGUACCACAAAAGCAAGGUGGUGGGGCACCAGCACCUAACAAAGACCUUCACAUGGUUGUUUGGAGUUCAAGUAUUUCCUCUAAUAUUUCUGAUCAUAGAUAUCUGAAAGCUGAUCAAAUAAAUGGCAGUCACACCUUCCCUGAUCCCUUCAAUGGAGCAGCUCCUCAACAGGACAACAUUGCUGCUGCUGCUUCAACAGCGAAGAAACAACAGAUGCCUCCAGCGACUGUCUUGGCUCGACUCAUCGCUAUGAUGGUGGGGAGGAAGCUCGUUAGAAACCCUAAUACUUACGCAAGCUUGCUGGGCUUGCUGUGGUCUUUGAUAUCAUUUAGGUGGAGCAUCAAGUUGCCAUUGAUCGUGGAUGGAUCUGUAAAAAUAUUAUCCAAUGCUGGUUUGGGAAUGGCUAUGUUCAGUCUAGGUUUAUUUGCAGCGUUACAGCCCAAGGUCAUAGCUUCUGGAAAGGUUUUAGCGUUGAUUUCUAUGGCUAUUAAAUUCUUGACAGGACCAGCCGUAAUGGCCGCAGCAUCUCUUGCUUUUGGUCUUCGCGGUGAUCUUCUACGUGUAGCCAUUGUUCAGGCUGCCCUUCCAUCAGGCAUUCUUCCUUUCAUAUUUGCCAAGGAGUACAAUCUCCACGCCAAUAUACAAAGCACUUCGGUCAUUUUUGGAAUGGUGGUUGCCUUGCCUGUUACAAUAAUAUAUUAUGUGCUUUUGGACUUUUAA